GUCUGCUGCUGCUGCUGCUGCUGUUGCUGUGUCGGACAAACGAGCAACAAGCUUGUCAGAGUGAAACUGAGAAUUAGAAAAUUAAAAGCCGAACUGCGACUGGUUGGAUUUAAACUAACAGUGAACCGACAAGCUAAGAGUGUAUUAGCUAACGGAGAAGGCGGGCGGCUCAGAGACACAGUGAAGGUAUCAUGGCUGCCAUGUUUACCGAGCUCCCCUCCUAGACUCCGCCCACACACAGAUACACAUACCUGCACGCCCCCCAUUGAGCCAUUACAAACACACACACACUAUCUGCUCUCAUGACAACCUCCCAUCUGAACGGCCAUGUUGCUGGAGAGGGAGGAGGAGGAGGAGGAGGAGGAGAUGAAGAGCUGAGGGGAGGACAGCAACACCGGGAAAUGGCCGUCGACUGUCCGGGAGAGCUGGGGAGCCGGACGCUGCCCGUCAGACGAUCCGCACAGCUGGAGAGGAUACGACAGCAUCAGGAGGACCUUCGUCGCCGCAGAGAGGAAGAAGGGCGGCAGAUGGACCUGAACGCCUCGCUCCGGCUCAAGAAGCUCUCCCAGAAUCCCCACAUCGGCAUCGACAACCCCACAUUCCUGCAGGACACGUACUCACCGCAGCAGCCUCCGCUCGGCAGCCAGCACACACACGCGCUGCUGGAGUUGGAGGAGCUGCUGCUGUCACUGAAGCAGGUCCGCGGCUGUCUGUCCGACCAGCAGAGUCAGAAUGACAUAGAGCUGGUUCUUGCACUACUAAACAAGUCUGACUUCCAGUCAGCGCUGAAGAUCCAUAAUGCCGUGGCCAGCAGCAUGCACCGGCCCUCCCCUCCAUACCCACACACACAACAGGCGCUGCAGCUGGCAAUGGAGGUCAGGAAUGUCAUCCAGUCAAGUCAGAACAAAGAGGGACUCGAACUCCACAGCCUGCUGUCAGACACACACAUCCAGUCAUUGCUUCUGGCACAUGACAGCAUAGCAGAGACAGAAAUGGAGCCUGAACCGCUGCCCACCCAGGGAGAGACGCUGACCCAGUGGGGAGGAGAGACUGUGAAGAUAGUUCGCAUAGAGAAGGCCCAGGACAUACCACUGGGAGCGACUGUUCGUAAUGAAAUGGAGAGCGUCGUGAUCAGUCGCAUCGUUCGAGGCGGAGCAGCCGAACGUAGCGGACUUUUAUCAGAAGGAGACGAAAUAUUGGAGAUAAACGGCAUAGAGAUCAGAGGGAAAGAUGUCAACCAAGUCUUUGAUAUUCUUGCGGACAUGCACGGCCUCCUGACCUUUGUGCUCAUCCCCAACACUCAGAGCAAACCUCUUCCUGUCAAAGAGUCUGUGGUCCACGUGAAGGCACAUUUCGACUACGACCCCUCAGACGACCCGUACGUGCCGUGCAGAGAGCUGGGCCUGUCCUUCCAGAAAGGAGACAUCCUCCACAUCAUCAGCCAGGCAGACCCCAACUGGUGGCAGGCUUACAGGGACGGAGACGAGGAUAACCAACCUCUCGCUGGACUGGUACCAGGGAAGAGUUUCCAGCAGCAGAGAGAAGCCAUGAAACAGACCAUAGAAGAAGACAAGGAGCCUGAGAAGUCUGGGAAGCUGUGGUGCGCAAAGAAGAACAAGAGGAAGAGAAAGAAACUGCUGUACAACGCUCACAGGAACGAUGAUAUCGAUAACGAGGAGAUUCUCACCUAUGAGGAGAUGGCUCUGUACCACCAGCCGGCCAAUAGGAAGCGGCCCAUCGCGUUGAUCGGGCCGACCAGCUGCGGGCAGGCGGAGCUCAGGCAGAGACUGCUCAACAACCAGCCGGAACGCUUCGCCGGAGCCGUGCCUCACACCACACGGAGCCGCAGAGAUGGCGAGCUGAGUGGAAGAGACUACCACUUUGUUUCUCGUCAGACGUUUGAGGCAGAGCUGUCAGCUGGGAAGCUGAUAGAGUCUGGAGACUUUGAGAAGAACCUGUACGGGACCAGUACAGACUCUGUGAGACAGGUCAUCAACACUGGCAAAAUCUGUGUGCUCUGUCUACACACGCAGGCUCUAAAGGUGCUCAGGAGUUCAGACCUGAAACCUUACAUCAUCUUCAUAGCUCCGCCCUCCCAGGAAAGACUCCGAGCCCUGUUGGCUAAAGACAACAAGAACCCAAAGCCCGAGGAGCUGCGGGACACCAUCGAGAAAGCUCGGGAGAUGGAGCAGAGCUGCGGUCACCUGUUCGACGCCAUCAUCGUCAACACGGACCAGGACAAAGCUUACACAGAGCUGCUACGACUCAUCAACAAACUGGACACUGAACCCCAGUGGGUGCCCUGCUCCUGGCUGCGCUAAACACACACACACACACACACACACACACACACACACACACACACACACACACACACACACACUCACACACUCACACACUCACACCAUUCACAGAGUAGACAUACAGAGCCCACACUUGUGUUUUUACUCAGUGUUGCUAUGGUGAGAGUUGCAACUGAGUAUUAAAGCCACUGUUAGAAGAAAAAAAACCCAGGCAGAACUUUAUGAGAAAACAUCAUUAUAUUACAUUUAAAAUUUACUAGAGAGGUUUAAAUAUUAUGAGAUUAAUUGAUAAUAAUUGUACAAGAAAGAUAGUAAAAAGUUGUAAUUUUAUUAGAAAAUGUGAUUUUAUUAGUAAGGUUAAUAUUAUUAUAUACAUGUGUGACUUUUAUCUAUACAUAAUAAGACAGAUAAAGUUGAUAUACAUGAUAAGAUUUAGUUUUACUUGAAAAACGUUACCAUUCAAAUAUUAUGAUGAUUGUAUCAGAAUUAUUCCCAUUUUUCACAACACUGCAACUUUUUCUCAAAGUAACUUUUUUUUAAAGUAACUCUCAUAAUUGAUUUUUCCUAACAGUGGCUUUAACAGCUGGUGGGGUUGAUAAUAAUACAUAGAUCAAGUAGAAACACACAUAGAGUGACAUGUGUCAUGAAACAAACACUAAACUGAUUGUGGAUAGUGCCUAACUGAUCCAUGAUGCAACAUUUAUAUAACUGUCAUCAUCAUACUUCCUGAUGAGACCCAAACAUGGACCUGGAAUACUGAGAUUUAUUUUUUGUUUGUUUUAAUGUUUGUCUUUUAUGAUGCAUCCUUUGACUAAAUCCUGUGAUCAUUUCAACCAUUACGAUUAAAAAGAAAUCUAUUUAAAUUAUGAUUUUUAGUUCUUGCAGUGCAGAAAAUCAACAUAAGCAUCAGAUAUUGAAUUCAACCUUUUAUUUUGUUUUCUUUUUUCUUUUGGUUGUUCUUUUUAAAUAACUGACCUAUAAUGUGGCCUCUUGGAAGGAGCAAAUGGGAAAAUCACUGUGCUGAGAUCUCUUAACAAACACACACACACACACACACACACACACACACACACACACACUGACAUUUAGUACAAGUUUAAAUACACACACUGAGCCACUGCAUCUAUCACUAUGAUGAGUACACACACUACAACAGUGCAUUAACUGCUCACUGUCCUCUGUACUGAGGAGUCCAGCGAUUGAUGCUCUGAGGCUGCAGCCUUCUAGACACUGACUCACUGACUGACUGACUGACUGACUGACUGACUGACUGUUUAAACAGCUGGUUUCUGACCGGCUCGCCUGUUAAAAAAAAUGCACACUAUUGCAAUAAACACUAAAAGAAAAAGACACAGCACUUGAUAUCUCUUUUACCGGCUGAUUGUUUUAUUUACUGCCUGUUUUUGACUCUUUCUGUCCUGUCUGAUCACAUUUUUAGUAGAAAUGAUCUCUGAGCCUGACCCCCGAGGGGCGCGUGGGUAAAGAAAACGUGAAAGUUGUAGUUUUUAGUACCUGAUCGGCACGUGAUGCUGAAUUUAUUAUAUAUUUAGUGUGCGUGUGUGUGUGCGUGUGUGUGCGCUUGUGUAUAUGUGAGUGGACAUGUAUGUGUGUGUGUGUGUGUGUGUGUGUGUCUGUCUUUGAAGACAGUGAAGUAUUAUUAUGACCUGAAGUAGACCUGACACCAUAUCACUGUUAUCACUGUGUAGAGGAUUUAUAUAUUUGUAAUAUUGAAAAAUAGAUUUAUGAAGUCUGGAAUGCACCAAUAGGAUUGCAGGUUUCACCCCCUCCUCGCCUCCGUGCCAUUGGUCCAGGAGUAAGAAGGGAGGGGGGUCGGGCGGGCGGGCGGGGCUAAGUGGAAUUAACUGUAUUGAAUGUAAAGUUAAUUGAUACCACUUCCUGUUUAUCAUCACUUCUUCCUGAGAAAAUCUGCAUUUUUUU